AUGUCUUUGGAGAAAGUUGUCAUGGACCAAGGUUCCGUCCCUUCCCUGUCUGGUGUGGGCCUGCAGCUGACCAGGCCGUACAAGAGGCAGUGCGGGCGGCGGACGGGACUGGUGCUCCUGGCGGGAGGCUGUCUGGGCGGGGUGCUGGUGUGCGCCGUCCUCAUGCCGCUGGUCUACGUCACCAUGUCAGACAGACAGCUGGAGUUGGAGGUGUCCGAGCUCAGGAACCUUGUGAUCAACCUUUCUGCACGGACCGCCUUACCUGGUACGGAGGACCGAGAGAACGACACUGCUACGGGCGGGGCACACAGACAGCGGAGACGGGCCGACCCGCCGCCGUCUAUCGGUGACGUGUACGUGCGGUGGGGAAGGGACGACUGUGGUGAAAACGCCAAGACUAUCUACUCCGGUGUUGUUGCAAGCGGAUUUUGGGAAUACCAGGGAGGGGGAAAUGACUACCAGUGCCUGCCCCUGGAAGGAGUGGAGUGGAACAACCCAGUGGCCGGUAAUCAGCACCAGAGCUACAUCUACGGGACUGAGUACAGCGUCGGUGCUGGACUCUUCUCCACUGACAACAUGGGGUACAUCACCAACCCUUUUGACUACGACGUCCCCUGCUCGGUGUGUCUCGUGUCCGGUCGGUCUACACACGUCAUGAUCCCCGCCCGCCUGUCCUGUCCUCGGGGAUGGAGUAUGGAGUACAGCGGCUACCUGAUGACAGCUCCUACCUACCACCACAACAGCAAGAACUUCAUCUGUAUGGACGGAGCUCCCCAACUCAGGCCAGGAUCAUCUGCCAACCUUGAAGGCGCAUCCAAUCUGCACCUGGUGGAGGCGCAGUGUGGCUCUCUUCCCUGUGGGCCCUACAUCAACGGCUACGAACUGACCUGUGUGGUCUGCACCCUGAUGUAAACUGCUAUUUACUCAACUGGGCGGCAAAGCGCCCAUGCAUGUUUCCCUUCACUGUCUGAUUUUAUAAGUGCGUGAUUGUUUGUUUUGUGUAAUGCAGGUGAUUGUGCUUUUUGUGGUGUAGUUCAACGGUGAAUGGAUCAACUGUAACGGUUAUACUUUCCAGACAUAUGUACAGGAUAGUAAAAACAAUACAUUUCCUUUCACCUAUACAGAGUCUACGGAGGGAAAUAU